UGGUCUGUAAAGCCAUGAAUUGAGCCGAUAGAUGGGAGCGGUUGACAGCACAGCACAGCAAAACAGUUGACAUAAGCUAGCAAGAUAAUUUAUCAGUUUCCUGAAAGAAAAUUCUGCGAAUUAAUAACUAUGGAGUUGUGUGAGAUACUGUACAACAAGGCGGAGUACAUUGAAACGGCGUCCGGUAACAAAGUCAGCAGGCAGUCGGUCCUCUGCGGCAGUCAGAACAUCGUUCUUAACGGAAAAACUAUAGUAAUGAAUGACUGUAUAAUCCGAGGAGACCUGGCUAACGUCAGAGUGGGCCGACACUGUGUGGUGAAGAGCCGGAGUGUCAUUCGACCACCGUUCAAAAAGUUCAGUAAAGGAGUGGCCUUCUUCCCGCUGCACAUCGGAGAUCACGUGUUUAUCGAGGAGGACUGUGUGGUGAACGCUGCUCAGAUAGGAUCAUAUGUGCACAUUGGGAAGAACUGUGUGAUCGGCCGACGGUGUGUGUUGAAGGACUGCUGUAAGAUCCUCGACAACACGGUUCUCCCCCCAGAAACCGUGGUGCCCCCCUUCACUGUGUUUUCAGGAUGCCCGGGUCUGUUUUCAGGGGAGCUCCCAGAGUGCACACAGGACCUAAUGAUUGAUGUGACAAAGAGUUACUACCAGAAGUUCCUGCCUCUCAGCCAGAUCUAAACCGUGACCCAUCAUGCCCUGCUUCACCCCUGUGUCUCGGUUAAUACAGUACUUCUGUUGGCCCUACCACCGCGGUGCAAAAUGCUCUUCUGUGAACCUUCGUUGAGUGGGAAACAGCCUGGGUGGUCAUUAUACAUAUGUAAUGUUAGUUCUCCCAUUAUGUGCUGGGUAGGGUAGAAAUUAGCCCCCCCCCCCAGACCAGGACUGGUUGGUUCAGACCUGUCCUGACAGCUGGGUCCUGCUGCCUGGUUGGUUCAGACCAGUGGUUCUCUGCUGGUUGAUUUAGACCAGUGGUUCUCUGAUGCUUUUGCCUCAGAACCCAAAUAUAAUUUUUUUUUAAUGUACAUUUAAUUUCUACAAAUUGUCCAUGUAGUCUUGGUUUUUAUUUCAGACUAUUAUUUAUAAAUAAAAAAAUGUUUAACUAGUGAAGUCAUUUAAAUGCUAGUGUUUUAUUUGGGUUACCUGCUCCCUGUUCAGAACACCUGGUUUCAGUCUUACAGCAGAUGAUACGCUAGGUUCAUCCAGUUUCACUGUAACAUAAAACCGUAAUCUGAUGAACGUGAAUGUAUUCGGGAAGGACAUUCCCUUUGCCGUGAAGAGUUUAAAAGAGUCGCUUGCUUUACUGAUGUUGUUUAUCUAAACAAAUCCCAAUAAGUGUUAUUUGGAGUUGAUUUACAGAGCGUCCUGAUGUACUGAGACUUCGGUAUUUAUUGUGUUGGUUUUGUGCUGUUGGUCUCUUCAUGAGUUAUGGACUGAGGCUAGAUUCAACCUAAACCGGUUGUAAUGUGAUUGACUUAAUUCUCUUUUCACCAUGAAUUGAAAAUGUAUUGCAAUUCUGAAUUCACCUUUCACUCAAACAUUGAUUGCCCCCAAUCAUUAAAUACUAUGGUGCCAUCUUGUGGACUGCUGGGAAUUAAAUAUUCUGAAACAACUCGA